AUGUAUCACCAUAGUCACCAACACAGGGCCUUUCGGGCCACACAUCUUGGGAGGGAUGCUUCGUCACGACGGCCGGGCAUCGUACCUCGCGAUCGUCUUCCUUUCCUUGCUGUGUCUUCCACUUCAACCUUGGUGAAAAGAGACCCUGCACCGUCUGCCGCCACUUCUACCGCAACAUCAACUUGCGCUGGGAAUAAUUGCGAGAAAGCCACGAGCACAAUGAUGACCACAACCUUACCGGUGGUCCUUGGUGUAGUGAUCCCUGUUGUGUGUGCCAUUGCUGUCUUGCUUUAUUUCCAUCGCAAGAACGUGAAAAAGCUCCGGAAUGAGGAUGCAAACGACAAGCAUAAAUCUCUCGACUUCGGAUUAGACCUGACGCCCACUGGUGGUAAAUCCAUGCAGCAAGCCGAAAAGACUGAUCGUAACGGGGCCCACGCCAAGGGAGUAUCCCUAGACAUUGGGCCAAGUCCAUAUCUCCUCCCACCUGGUCUGCACAACUCGAGAGAGUCUUUGCACUCGUUAUCGAGGUCUAUGAUUGGAGACGACGACAAGUAUCGACACGCAACCACAUUUCUAGGGGACAAUGCAUCCCUGCGAUCUCAUUCCAGAGGUCCCCAGGAUGAUGCAUCUAGUUUUGCGGGCUCGACACGACGGGGACCCCUGGGCGAUGACAUGAACCAAGGACUCCUUCGCAAUGCUCAACGCAUGUCCCGCUCAUCCCCGCCGCUCUACGAUCAUCCUGAAAGCGACCGAAACGCCCAAACCCCACCUCGCCCAAGUCAAAUACCACAGGCCGAAUUCCGAGUAGACCUUCCGAGGAGUCCAAGCCCUGCUCGUGUGCCAGGGGUCGUCAUCGAUGAACCAGUCCCCAAUAAAGGUCAUGUCAAGCCUAGUGCAUCGGAUGAUCCUUCCUCGGCGCCUUCUGAGCAGCCAAAGCAUCCGGAAUUGUUCCUUCCCAAUAGCAGCAUGGCAGGGGAAAAAGGAUCGACAGCGGUCCCGCAUCCCCCGACUCAGCAUGAUCCCAUUUCGAUGGAACCGAUAUUUCAUGCCGCUCAGAAUGCACCAGUUUCAACUCCUAGGGUAUCACUUCCAGUAAGCGAUGGAGACAGUGACUAUGGAGACAUAGAACCUAGCGCUGCAAUCCCAAUCGUCAAUGUGCAUGGCGUGGUAGGCCAUGGUAAUCUUAGCAGCCUUGAGGGUACAUCUCUUCCUCCUGAGGGAGUUGAUGAGCCGACUCGAGCUCAAAACGCUAGCCUUGAUCCACGCCGUGACACGCGUCGGUUGACUUUCGGUCUUCGACCUCUGCCGCCAGAGGAUCCUUCCGACAAUCCUGAGCAGCGUGCCAAUCGUAUCCGGUCAUUCUAUAAAGAAUACUUUGAUGAGAGUCGUACUGGACGCGAAACUUAUUAUGGAAGAUCUGGUCCUGAAGCUUUUGUCGAAGGCGGCUAUGUUUAUGAUCCUUCCUCAGGAGAGCAUUUUGCCUCGGUCCCUGCACCAUUCGCCGAGCCAGUCACUCGCCGCGCAAUGACGCCACCUCCCCGUGCACCUCCUCGUUUCCAGGGCGCCGCUCGCCAUAUGGCUACCGGCUCGGAUGGUGGGUUUAGUGAUAGACUCAACUCUCCAGGUCCCCGUGCAUUUUCGUCCGCUUCUGGUCGCUUACCGGGUCCCCCCAAGCUGCGGAAGCCGGCACCGCCACCAUCGCCACUCCAGAUUCUCCCCACGCCCCAUAUGCUGAAAGAUGAAUCUAUAAUGACGGCGAUCGAUUAUGCCCCCAGUAAGAACUACAAGGAUCUGAGGGAAGGCCGGCCAGACACGCCUCUAGGUGGCCUCCAGCCCUUCAGCCCGUUGACUCCGGCUCGUUCUCCCCUCGUCUCAGCCUUCGAUGAUCUAUCGCCCCUACCUAGCGCGCAUGCUCUACGAAAGUCUGGCGCUUACGACACCUUAGACUUUGCACCUCCGCCGCGGUUCAAGAAUACUGAUGCCGGAAGCGAUGCCGGCAGCAUCCGCAGCAAUCAUACAGGAAUCUCCUCAACUCAUCUUCACAACAUACGCAAUGGCGCAUAUCGCGUCAGCCGCCUUCCACCAGGGGCCGUGGGCACCAAAGAUGAUUUGAUAUCAAACCUCCGCCCUAAAUGGGAUAUGCAGCAGUAG